AAUUUUUGCAGCCGAAAGCCUCGAACUCACGAAAUUGCAUCCCAAAUUACCAAAUAUGUCAUGAGCGAAAUUUAGCCAAAUAAUCGUUAUAAACGGAUUAAACAGAUAAAUUACAACACUUGUGUAUCGAAGGAAUCAUGCCAAGUAAACGAAAGCAUGGUAAGUCUUCAAGAACUCACAUUUUCCAAAGAUCAACUAGGGCUACAAGAUCCAGAACAAGAAGUUGUUCACAACCUAAGGUCAAAGCACCAACAGAAACAGAUGUUCCUGCAGAGAAACUUGAACUUCCUGUGGAAAAUGGUACUGAUAUAACUGAUUGCAACAGAGAAGAAGAGAAUGAUGAAAAUCAUACGGAUGGAGAACCAGAGGAACAAUCAACAGAUCUUUUAAAUGAUAGUUUUGAAGAAAGCACUUUUGAAAAACAGGAUGAUAGAUGUGAAACAACAACACAGAACGUUUCCUUGACUACUAAAAACAGAAAAUCUUUUGAAUCUGGAGUUUUAAGUGAAGAUGUGAUAGAAGUUAGUCCAUCCAUUCCUGUCUUAAAUCGGAGUAGAAAUCGAGCAAGAAGUCCAAGACGUGCACAUCGUUACAAAAGUUACAGCCAUGAAAUGCUGGUCGCAGCAUACAAAUGUGUCAAAGAUUUAAAGAUGCCAGUGAAAGCAGCAGCUCGUAUGUUUGGCGUUCCUUCAUCGACGUUACACAAUAGAGUUCAAGGUCAAGUACAAAUUGACGAUUCUAUCCUCACUUCAGACGACAUUACAAAAAUUAUCAAAAGAAUCAAAAAUGGGGAAGGACUAGAUGAAGCAUUUGCAGAUUUAACUUAUGAGAAAUCUUCCGGGAGUUUAGGGCAAGAAUAUGUGAUCCCUAGUGUUGAAGAGGACAUUAAUGAUGAUAAUAUUACAGAAAGUAUCAUGGAGAAAAUGAUUGCUGCUGGGGAAGAGAACACACCAAUUAAAGAGGAAGUUGUAGAUCCAGAAUAUGAAUACCAGUUGGAUGGAUCAAUACAAGAUGAUGAUGAUGAUAAUACAUCACUUCAUAAUAUUAGUGACGAGAUAUACAGAAAUCAGCAACAGAGGAGAAGAUCAUACAAGAGAAAUUACAAGACCUACAGCUAUGAGCAGCUAGUGGCAGCUUAUCUAUAUGUCAAGGAGAAAAAGGUAGCUGUCAAGUUUGCUGCAAGAGCCUUUGGAGUACCACCUUCUACAUUGAAUGACAGAGUACAGGGCAAGGUGUAUAUUGAUACAUCCAUUGUAAUGAACAGACCUGGAGCUAGAAAGAUUCUACCUAAACCAAAUCUACACCUGGAAACUAAACUUAGGAGUACUGAACAAGAUUCCUCGAAUCCAUCAGAGAAUCAGUCCGACCAGGAAUCAGAAGAGCCAGGUUCACCUGAUGGUACACCUGAUGGUACAUGUGAUGGUACUCCUGAUGCAGGAGAUUCUUCUGAUGUAUCACAGAUGACAAAAGAGGCAUAUGAUGCCAUUGAACAAAGACCAGAAUUCCAGAAUAUUUUCAAAAAGCACAAAUGUCGAGACCAGUACAGGAAGUAUACUCAGGAACAGCUUAUGGAAGCUUGUAAAUACUCCAUGGAAACCAAGGCUUCCUAUAGGGAAGUGUCGGAGAAGUUUGGUAUCCCACAAUCAACGCUGAGAGACAAGCUACAUGCAGUAGAGAAACUAAAUGCUGAUGUAGGUCAACCUCCAAGUAAAAAAGCAAGAAGUGAAAGUACCGAAACAAAAACAUCCACCGAGUCCACCACUAUGGUUCUUUCUCCAGAGAUACCAGACAACAAGUCAGAUUCCGACAAACUUAAUGAUCGAACAAACUAUAGACAAUAUUCCAAAGAUUCCCUGACCACUGCUGCUCACUAUGUUAUGAAGUUUAAUACUCCAAUAAUGAAGGCUGCACGAAUGUUUGGAGUCCCAGCCUCAACUCUCAAGGACCAUGUUCGAAAUAAAUUACCUCAGGACGCUGAACUUUUAACACAGCCAUCUACACCCUCAUUAAUAAAUGAUAGAGAUGAAAGAAAACUGAUAGAAUAUAUAAAGACGAUGGAGAAAUGUGGUUUUAUAUUGACCACAAGAGAAAUUAUUGAAUUUGGAUCUGAAUUAGCCAGUGCUUCACAAGAAAUUGAAGGCUCUAUCACUCUCAGUGAUUCAUGGUAUCUUGAUUUUGUCAAAAGAUGGCCUCCAUUAGGAAUGGUCAACAGAGAGGGAAGAAGUCCUAUACCUCAGGAUAUCAAAAAAUAUUUUAUGGAAUUAAAUAAAAUUUUCAACAAACACAAGUUUUUUGAACGGCCUGAGCUUGUAUAUGUUAUGGAUGAAGUUGAUAUUACUUUGGAAUACAAUCCUUUGAAAUUAGUUCCACGGAAGAGAUUUAGUAGAUCAAAUCAGAACAAAAGUGCUCAACAAAAAUUAACAUCAGUGGUCGGUUGUUCUAAUGCCUUGGGUACAACUUUACCUCCAUAUUAUCUUUUACAAUCAGAUGAAAUAGUAACCGAUGUCAUUUCUCAAUCACCUCCUGGUACACAAGCCAUGUUUGCUAAUACAGUUCGUAAAGACUGUAGCACAUUAAGAGAUUAUUUUCAGAAUCAUUUCAUGCGAUUUGCUCAGUCAGGAAGAAAUACUCAAAACCGAUUUGUUCUUGUGUUCUAUGACAGUCGGAGGACGAAUCUCAAUGUUUCUGAUAUAGAUUGGGCCAAGCGGUGGCAUAUCUUGUUAUUUCCUCUCCCUCAUCCUAUUAAGAAGGAAGAAGAAUCAGCAAGGGAAAUUCUAAAUGGCAUUUUUCUUAACUAUGGUGAUGAUGUUGAAGAAGGGAGAAGUCAAUUUGUCAAACAGAAAGGGUACAUGGCUGUCUCAAUGCCAGAUAUUUGUGGUAUAUUAGGACAAGCAUACAGGAAAUCCCUUACUUACGCACAUAUUUCCUCUUGCUUUGAAAGCUAUGGAAUAUAUCCUCUCAACCCAAGGAAUUAUGUGAGCAGAUUGGAUGCCUCAUUUCAGCUGAAGCUACACGAUCUACAGGCAAUACCUAACUAUGAAACUAAUCUCUGGUUAUUGAGUGACUUCAGUUGUACUCAAGCUGUUAAUAAUGCUAUAGAGUCCUCAUUUAAUUCUAGUGAAAGUAACAACUUGUAUUGUGGGGGAGAAAACAAUGCUCGCUAUGUUAAACACAAUAAUAGUGCCACAGAAUCAAUUAACUGUAAUGACAUUAAUCAAACAAGCUCAGGAUAUAAUCAAGAUAGUGCAGCAUUUAAUACGUCUUAUCAGGGUCUCAUUAACCAUCUUAUGGUUCAAGCUGUCAGAGAUAGUUCUCAGAUAGAACCUCAAAUACUCAAUGGUGUUGCAAUCAAAACAGAGCCACAGAUGGACUUUAGCUAUGGACAAGUUACUGGUGCUCCACAAAUUCAGGAGAGCUUUAAUCAGCAGCAAUACAUAUUAGAAAGUUCCAUCUCCUCAAAUGAAUCUCAAAAUACUCAAAACUGCCAAGUAGUUCCUCAAAUGUAUCUUUAUCAGAAUGGAGGUGAAUCUUGCAACUCAUCAAAUAAUGGGGCUGCCGAAAAUCAAAAUACAAUUACAGCUCCAGCAUCAAAUGAUGAUUUAACAAAUAAUUCACAGGUUGUAGUGCAAGCUAAAAGUAAGUGUGAAUCAUCCUCAAGUUCAAGAAGAAAAGGAAAAAGUUACAGAGUAAUUGUCAACGAACCUGAACCUGAAAAUGAGGUGACUGAUAAACAGAUUUCAGAUGAUACAGCUGAAAACCCACCUCAAGAAUCAAACAAAAUAUUCAGUAAAUCAAAAUCAGAUACAUGUAGAAAGGCCAGUAGAUUAGGAUCAUUACUGGAUGAAAAAGUUCGUAAACUUCAUGAACAAGCAAAAGCAUCAAGUGAAGUUGUUGAGGACCAUGAUGAACCUUUAAUGAAAAUAGGAGAGUUCCAAAUAGUGAUGAACAAGGGAGAAUGAUAUAUAAAAUGGAUAUAAGAUCAUGAAUAGUAAUCCAAAACCUUUUAAUAUUGUAGUGUAGUCUUUGAUGUUUUUUGAGAAUCUCUUUGGUGCCAUGUUUUGUUUGUUAAAAAUAUAUCCCAUUUGCAUUUGCAUGAUUAACAGGUGAUUAUAAUACAUUGUAUUUGUUUUUACAUUUCAAAAAAUGGAUUCUGCAUACUGCAGUCUAAUAGGUUCUACAUACUGCAGUCUUAUUAUCUAUUGAUGGGGGUUAUAAAACUUCUUUUGCUAGGUGGCAGAUUCCAUGUUUGGCAAUUAUCCUGAGCAAUGAACUUCUGAUAUAAAAGUACAGAUUUUUUUGUCAGAAAAUAGAUCUUUUCACAUAUCUUUUAAAUAAUGGACACUUUAACAAAAUGGUGUUUUCAUUAGAGAAAGGACAGACAUUUUGACAGAAAAUUCUUAUGUUUUACUUAGCAACAUGAACGAUCCUGAUAUCUUCAGAAUUUUCAAAGUUUGGAUGUACAAUGUAUAUCUUUCUUAAAUAUGAAAGGCAAAUUGAGAUUAUUUAAAUCUGACAGUACUGAACAACUUUGAUUUUGAAUUGAUGUUAAUGUACUAGUUGGGAGCACUCAAGAUAAAAAUUGUUUCUGAGACCUUUAUUAGGUCUAAGUAGUAUAUGUAGCAUGUAACAUUAUGGUCUUAAAGAGAAAUGCUACAUUUGUACAUAAAAUUGGUAUAAUUGAAUUUAUUAACGAAUUCUGUAAUUGACCUUAAUCAAAUUUAUUAUAUGCACUAACUUAGUUGAUAAUAUCUGGAAUAAAUGGGUUAAUUUUGAUAGUAUUUGUAUGAAGGCUAAAAAUAUAAAUAUGUUGGAUAAGUAUACAUAUAAAUCAAAAACUACAAGGACGUCAUACUUUUAUGAAUUGAGUAAUAUAUUUAUGUAGUCUGCACAUAGUAGCACAAAAUGUAAGAUCGAAGCAAAUUAAUAGUAAAAAAAAAAUUAGGUUUUUGCAUACAUAUUAAUUUGAGUAAAAACAUCGGCAUAAAUUGGUAUCAGCAUGAGGCAACAACCAAAGACUUUUGUAGGUUAAUAUAAUACACUUUCACCUAUAAACAUGUACAUGAAGUGUAAUAAUUUGUAGAACACUGAUUUCAAUCAUGGCUUAAACAUUUUACUCUUUAUCUAUUUUCUCCUUUCUUGGAAAAUGUUAGAUAAUGCUCCUUAAAGCCUCUUUGUGUAAAAUAUCUUAAAGUUUAGGAGGUUAACCCCAUUAGCCAAGCUAAAGAGGUUACUGAAGCAUAAUUAUUUUUUUCUACAAAGAUAUCAUAAAACACAACUUGGGACUCCAAAACAAUUAAGGGUUAAUGCAAACAUGUUAUUGUAAGUACUGUAAUGAUACAGAGAAGCCAUUCAUAAAGUAAAAACGGAACCAUAGCAAAUUUGUCAGGCGAUGAAUGCAACCUAUGAAAAACCUUUUUCAAUUCAAUUCUUGUUUAAACUGUAUAUAUUGCAUUUAAAAGGUUACAUCUCAAUAGCAAUUGUAUUUACAUCUCAAUAGUAAUUGUAUUUACAUGUGUAGAAAGAUCACAUUUUAUUGUAAAAAAGAAAAUUUUAGUAUAUCAAGCCAAUUGGGCUUGUGCAAUAAAUUUUAAUGUUCAUGUAUACCGGUAGUCACAUAUUUUUAGUGCAAUUUUCUUUUGGAUGUUGUACUUUGAGGAAUUUUACUAUGAAUUUGUUGUAUUUGUUAUAGAUGAAUUAAAGAUUUACCAUAUUCAUUAUCAUGAUAGUAAUAUAUUCAACUCUUUUGAAUAUUUUUUUUUUAAUUUAAUCUAAAUCUUGAAUAAUGGUGAUUAAUUAUGUUGACAAAGAUCUGAAUUUACAAAAUAAAAAUUAAAUUUAACAUGUAGAUGUCACAAUUUUUACAAUUGAACUUUAUUUCAACUACUAUUAUGAACAGUAUUUUAUAUGUUAAAGGCAUGUUCAAAUUUACCCACUACCAAAGGAAUAUUUAAAUUUUAUACACAACUGUUUUAAAGUUGUGCUUGUUACAUGUUCAGUUCCUUUAAGACCUUAAUCACGUGAAAUUUAUUUGAAAAAUAUUAAAAAUAACUUUGUAGAAAUACAAAAGUAAGAUAUGAUUAGACCUCUGAUAAAACAGUAUUAUUUACAGACUUUUAUAUAAUGUUGAGGAUGUUGUGUCAAUGUUUUAUAAAUCUUUUGCAAUAAAUUUACAUACACAUUU